UGAUGGCGUGUACUUCCGGCGAGUACGUUGUCAAAGCAAAUGUCAAAAAAUCACAAAAAAAUUACAAUGCCGGCGAUGUCGCGACUCCAAUUUUGCUUUAUAUUUCUACUUUAUGGACUACUAAUAAGUGAUGGUGUAAUUGUAGAUACAGUAUCUAGUGACAUAAAGAUAAAAAAUGUAGAACGAACGGUAAAUAUUGCCUCGCAACUCGUAAAAAUUACAUCUAAAAUAACCUUGGAGAAUGAUGGUAAAUCGCCGGCAAGGAACUUUUUGGUGGCAGUGGAGCCGUCACAGAAAAACAAUUUGGCUUUCAUCGGGGCUAAGGACAGCAGCAAUCGCGAUCUUCGACUUAUGGACACUACCGUGAAGGGUUACGAUAGUUCACGAUUUUGGCGUGUCGAACUUAAAGAGGGAGUGGGCGCCGGCUCUACUGCUGUUUUUACAGUGGAAUUAGUAUUUACUAAAGCGCUGCAGCCUUAUCCCACUAGUAUCACUCAACAAGAGGAUCAGAUAGUGAAAUAUACUGGCAACUUAUAUGUGUACUCACCUUACCCAAUCGCAUCUCAAAAGACUACAGUAGUUUUGACUACGAAGAACGUGGAAUCGUUUACUAAACUGAAACCCUUUAUCCAACAAGACGGGAACAUCAUCUAUGGACCUUAUACAAAUGUUGGCCCAUACAGUGAAAAGGAAUUAUUAGUUCACUAUAAAAACAAUUCACCAUUUUUGACUGUAACUCGGCUUGAAAGAUUAAUUGAAGUAUCUCAUUGGGGAAAUAUAGCUAUUGAAGAGGUAAUUGAAGUUGUUCAUUCUGGAGCCAAGUUGAAGGGCCCAUUCUCUCGCUAUGAUUACCAGCAAGAUCAUCAUAGUGGUCCCGCUAGCGUCCGAUCAUACAAGACAUUGUUGCCUGCCUCAGCCUCAGAUGUAUACUAUCGUGAUACAAAUGGCAACAUCUCUACAUCCAACAUGAAAGUAAAGAAGGAUUCAGUUGAGUUGGAUCUCAGACCGAGAUACCCUCUAUUUGGAGGUUGGAAGUCUCAUUACACUCUAGGAUAUAAUGUUCCAAGUUACGAGUAUCUGUAUAAUUCUGGCAAUGAAUUCUUAUUGAAGAUGAGAGUAGUUGAUCACAUCUUUGAUGAUAUGCAAAUUGAUGAAGUAGUCACUAAGGUAAUUCUUCCUGAGGGGUCUACAAAUAUCAAGCUUAACUUGCCAUAUCCAGUGACACGAUUACCUGAUAGUCUCCACUACACUUAUUUGGAUACAAAGGGUCGCCCAGUCAUCACUUUCAAGAAGGAGAAUGUCGUUGAAAACCACAUUCAAGACUUCCAACUGCGAUACUCCUUCCCGCGUUUGUUGAUGUUGCAGGAGCCUCUAUUAGUCGUAGGCUUCCUGCAUGCUCUUUUCAUUUGUGUUAUUAUUUAUGUAAGAUUAGAUUUUUCUAUUCACAAGUCUGAACAUCCUCAUAAGGAUUAAUUAUUUUAUUAUGAUAUGUUGCACACAAAUUAAUAUAAUUCUGUUUGUAUGGGAUAUUCGUAUUUUUGCAUUUCGAUGUCGCAAAUGUGUGGAAAAUAAACUUAUGUUAAGUAUAUA